UUUAAAUUUUGUCUCUGCUUUUUUGACAGAAUGGUCAGGGCAGGCUGUCCAGUCAUUCUGCUCCAUAUCUUCAGCAUCUUUGCACACACAAGAGGUAACACUCAGGAUACGCUGUAUCCAUAUGGACCUGGCCAUAGGGAUCUAGAGACUCCAAAGAUGGACGAUGGAAGUUCUCCUGAAAUUACUUUGCUCAUCCCCUUUGUUUUCUUCAAUAUCCCUUACCGCUCUAUCUAUGUCAACAACAAUGGUGUAAUCUCCUUCAACGUGCAGGUUAGCCAGUUCACACCAGAGGCUUUUCCCCUGAGUGACAGCAGGUCAUUUAUUGCUCCACUCUGGGCAGAUGUGCACAAUGGCAUCCGCGGAGAUGUGUACUACCGGGAGACCACCGAGCCAGAAAUUAUCGAAAGGGCAACACAAGAUGUCCGGAAGUAUUUCAAAAACAUGCCCACCUUCACUGCCACAUGGGUCUUUAUUGCAACAUGGCACCAAGUCACUUUCUAUGGAGGAAGCCAGACAACUCCGGUGAACACGUUCCAAACUGUACUCAUCUCAGAUGGCGUGGCAUUCUUCAGUAUGUUCAACUACGGCGAAAUCACAUGGAGCACAGGAACAGCCAGUGGUGGAGAUCCAUUAACAGGAUUGGGCGGUACAACAGCUCAGUCAGGUUUUAAUGGUGGAGAUAUUGGCCAUUUCUUCAACCUGCCGGGAUCGCGGUCAAAUGAUGUAGUGAACAUUGAACAGACAACUAAUGUAAAUAUUCCUGGGCGCUGGUUCUUCCGUGUAGACACUGAGCUGAUUAAUCCCGCCAAUGGCUGCAGCUACAAUGGCCGUUACUACAGACGGGGAGAGAUCUUUUGGCUGUCCGACAGAUGCUCACAGCGAUGUCGCUGCCUCGACAUCGAUAAUGAGGUGCAGUGUCAAGAGGCUCCGUGUGGGCAGCUUGAAACCUGUGAGCAGCUGGAAGGAGCCUUUUACUGCCAGCCCACUCGCACCAGCACUUGCGUGGUAUUCGGAGACCCCCACUAUCACACCUUCGACGGCUUCCUCUAUCACUUCCAGGGGACCUGCUCCUACCUGCUGGCUCGGCCCUGCUGGGAGGUGGCAGGGCUGCCCUUCUUCAGUGUGGAGGCCAAAAACGAGAACCGCGGAGCUGCCUCUGUUUCCUGGCUUAGAGAUGUCACAGUGGAGGUGUAUGGUCACCGAGUUACGCUGCCAAAAGGAAGUUUUGGAACAGUCCAGGUGGAUGGCUUGAUGAAGACUUUACCAGUCCAACUCCAGCUUGGUGCUGUCAGGGUGUACCAAUCUGGGGUUGCCAUUGCUUUAGAAACUGAUUUUGGACUCUUGGUAACUUACGAUGGCCAACAUUACGCAUCCAUCUCCCUCCCCAGCUCCUACUUCAACAACACUUGUGGCCUUUGCGGCAACUACAAUGAUGACCCUGCCGAUGAUCCCGUACUACCUGAUGGCACUCUGGCAGAAAGCGUGGUGGAGCUGGGAGGCAGCUGGAGAGCAGAGGACACGGACUGGAGGUGUACAGAUGGAUGUGCACAGAACUGCAGCAUCUGUGACCCUCUUACAGAAGCUUUCUACUUUCGGUCUGACUACUGUGGGUUAAUUAACAAAACUGAUGGACCAUUCAGGGACUGCAGAGCUGUUGUGGAUCCUACAGCCUUUGUGUACAGCUGCGUUUAUGACAUGUGCAGCAACAAGGAUAACAUCACUACUCUAUGCCAGGCCAUCCAGGCCUAUGCUCUGGCUUGUCAGGCCCUUGGUGUCACAAUACGACCUUGGAGAUCUCGCACCUUCUGUGCUUGGUCAUGUCCAGACUUCAGCCAGUAUCAAGUGUGCACAAGCGCCUGUCCAGCUUCCUGCUCAGACCUCACCGCUCCCUUGUACUGUGCUCAUCCUUGCACUGAGGGCUGCCAGUGUGACCCAGGCUAUGUUCUCAGUGGCAGCCGCUGUGUACAGCGCGAAGACUGUGGCUGUGAGCAUAAUGGCCUCUAUUACCCCCUUAAUGCAACUUUCUGGGUAGGUCCCAGCGGUGAAGAAGGUGAAUGUACCCUCCGGUGUACCUGUGGGCCUGCUGGGGAAGUUUCUUGUUUCAAUGAGUCCUGUAAGGAGGGUGAGGUGUGUAAGGCAGAGGUUGGCCUGCUGGGUUGCUACCCUCGAAGAGAAGGAGUUUGCUCAGUCACCCAAAACUCAGUGACAUCCUCCUUCGAUGGCACCUUCCUGCCUUUCCCAGAUGACAGCUCUUACUACUUACUGAAGCUGUGCGCUCCAGUGCCAGCCAACGGCUCGAUGGUGGAGGUGAAGCUAGGCCGGCGGUUGGUCAACAAAGGGCCCGCUUGGAAAAGACCUGUGGUAGUUACACUAGCUAAUGUGGAGGCACAGAUGGGAGGGUUGGAUUUUGAUACGGUCAAGGUGAAUGGUGAACUAGUGUCGCUCCCAUACGUCCAUCCAAUGGAGACAAUGAUGAUCUACAGAGCGCCGGGCAAUGCAACAGUGGUGGAGUCCCGCGGUCUGCUUCGUGUCCACUACACACAUCAAGGAUUCCUCAAUAUCUCCCUUUCAACCCUCUUCUACAAUGUUACCUGUGGUCUUUGUGGUGUUUUCAAUAGCAAUGCAACCGAUGACCUUCGCCUACCCAAUGGACGCCAGGCAGAGUCUAUCGAACAGUUCACAGAGGGCUGGCGGUCCAUUGCUGAUGAUCUUACCUGCAACGGUGACUGCGACGACCUGUAUCGCAUGUGCACAGACUUGCGUCUUUAUCAGAGCCCUUGGAUGUGCGGAAAUAUCAACGACCCCGGGAAUAGUUCCUUUCUUGCAUGUCACGCAGUGGUUAACCCCUCGCCAUUCUUCAGGAACUGUUUGUAUAACAUGUGCGUGAGGGAAGGGAACCGCUCAGCCCUGUGUUCUUCGCUGCAGGCUUAUGCCACCGCCUGUCAGGAUGCUCAAGUAGGACUUGCUUCAUGGAGGAGCGCCACCAACUGUCCUCUUCCCUGUCCAGAGAACAGUCACUUUGAUGAGUGCACCAGCGCCUGCCCUUUGACCUGUGCCAACUUGGACGAACCCGAAGAGCCGUGCCCCCUGCCUUGUCAGGAGGGGUGUCAGUGCGAAGACGGCUUCGCGCUGCGGGAUGGCCUGUGCGUGGCGCGCAGUGAUUGUGGCUGCAUCUACCACAGGCGUCAGCUGGCCACCAACCAGACUUUCUGGACAGACUGGGAGUGCCAGGAGCGCUGCUACUGCAAUGGCUCUGACAACACCGUAUACUGUCAGCUCGCGCCGUGUCACCCUGAGGAGUACUGCCAGGAGAAUGACGGCCUGUAUUUCUGCCAGCCGCGCUCUGAGGCCCUGUGUGUGGCAGCUGGCUAUGGACAUUUUUUGCCAUUUGGCGGAGUGCCGUUCGAGCUGCAGAGCUCUUGCACUCUCAGGAUGGUCACCACCAGAUGUGGGAGGGGGAACACGGCGCACGUACCCAUCACCAGAACUUUUCCUCCAUUUAAACUGGCGGUUCGUAACGAGGACAGAGACACGAGCCAAGCAAUUUGGGUGAGGGGUUUUGUGCUGGAGGUUUACGAGUAUGAAAUUGAAGCAUCUCGAAGCUACAGAAACACUGUCACGGUGAAUAAGGAGCGACUGUACCUUCCCCUGAAGCUGGGCCCAGGAAAGGUCAAUAUCUUCACCUUUGGCAUGCACCUCAUUUUGGAGACAGACUUUGGCCUGAAGGUGGCCUUUGACUGGAACACUCUCCUGCUCUUGACUUUACCCCGCGACCUCUACAACACCACCUGUGGCCUUUGCCAGGGGGUGCCUCUGUCCCCACCCACCCUUUCCACAACCGACUGGGGCAUGUCCUGGGCAGAGAGGGACACCUUUUGCCAGGUGGGCUGCGGUGACUCCUGCCCGCGCUGUGGCCUCGGAGAGAAAAUGAGGCUGUGUGGGUUACUUGUUGAUCGGGGAGGCGUGUUUGCACGUUGUCACAGCAAGGUGGCGCCAGCGUUCUUUUAUCAAAGCUGCCUCCAGGACACCUGCUUGGAUCAGGGAGCUCAGGAUACAAUCUGUAACUGGCUGCAGAUCUAUGCCAGCACCUGUCAGACCCAGGGGGUGCAUGUCACCGACUGGAGGAGCGACACACCGUGUGUCCAGAGCUGUCCACCUAACAGCCAUUACUCCAGUUGCAUGUCAGUUUGCCCGCCCCAGUGUGCACCAGCCCGCGGCCAGAGGGACUGCAGCCAGGACUGCGUGGAGGGCUGCCAGUGCGACCAGGGCUACGUGCUCAACGGCAAGAGCUGCAUCCUUCCUCAGAACUGUGGCUGCUAUACCGAUGGCAAGUACUAUGAGCCCAAGCAGCUGUUUUGGAACGCCGACUGCACCAAGCGCUGCCAGUGCAUCGGACGAAACCUGAUUCAGUGCAAUCCAAGGCGAUGCAAGGCAGAGGAGGAGUGCACCCUCCGGUACGGGGUUCGGGGCUGCUUUGCCCGCCGCUCCCAGCACUGCGUGGCGUCAGGCGGCGGAGUGUUCAGGACAUUCGACGGGGCGUCGCUGCGACUGCCGGCCUCGUGCUCCUUCGUCCUGUCCACAAACUGUCACAAGCUGCCCGACCUCUCUUUCCAGCUCAUUGCCAACUUUGAUAAAUGGAGCACGCCCAACCUCACCACCAUCUCACAUGUCUACCUGUAUAUAAAUGAGGAGAAUAUACUCAUCUCUGGCAGCACUGUCAAGGUUAAUGGCACACCAGUAUCCGUACCAUUUGUAACAGGGCUGAUGACACGCCUGUCCACAUCUGAGGGUUUCAUUGUCAUUGACACACCCCAGGACAUCCAGGUUCGCUACAACCGCUUUAACACCCUGAGCAUCACAAUGGGCCAGCGGCUCCAGAACAAGGUGUGCGGCCUUUGUGGGAAUUUCAAUGGGGACCCCAAUGAUGACUACAUCACCUCAAGGGGCAAGCCGGCUGUCAGCGCCCUGGAGCUGGCACAGAGCUGGAAGACCAACGGCAUGCAGAACAGCUGCGAUGAGACCCAGUACGUGGCUUUGGCUCAGUCCUGCGACAACUCUGCCAUCCUGGCUCUGCAGAGUGAAGAUGCCUGUCAGAAGCUCACCCAGCUCAAAGGCUUCUUCCAGCCAUGCCACGGCCUGCUGGAUCCCCGCCCCUUCUACCAGUCCUGCUACCUGGAUGGCUGCUACAAUCAUCGCAAGGCUCAGGUCUGUGGAUCACUGGCAGCCUAUGCAGAAGCCUGCCGGUCCAUGGGCACCCUCACGACCAAGUGGAUCACCCAGGAGAACUGCUCAGAAUGGAUCUAUGACCCCUGUGCAGGAGAGAUCUGCACAAACUUCACCUGUGAGCUGGAGAACGGAGGCGAUCUGUGUGGCUGUCCGGAGUUACCCACCAAUGCUGAAGGCGAGGAUGACAUCAUCCAAGCGGAGGUGACCUGUAAGCAUGCUCAGAUGGAGGUUUCCAUCUCCAAGUGUAAGCUCUUCCAGCUGGGCUUUGAACGCGAAGAUGUCCGGAUCAACGACGAGCACUGCGCUGGCAUUGAGGGAGAGGACUUCAUCUCCUUCCACAUUAACAACACUAAGGGACACUGCGGCUCCAUUGUACAGUCCAACGGCACACACAUCAUGUAUAAAAACACUGUGUGGAUAGAAAGUGUGAACAACACUGGGAACAUCAUCACCAGAGACAAGACCAUCAACGUGGAGUUUUCCUGCGCCUAUGAGCUGGACCUGAAGAUCUCACUGGAGACUGUCCUCAAGCCCAUGCUCAGCGUCAUUAACCUCACCCUACCGACCCAGGAAGGAAACUUCAUUACCAAGAUGGCUCUGUAUAAAAACUCCUCGUACCGCCAUCCAUACAGAGAGGGGGAGGUGGUGCUCAGCACUCGAGACAUCCUGUACGUAGGCGUCUUUGUGGAAGGAGCGGAUGAAAACCAGCUCAUCCUUAUAGUGAACAUGUGCUGGGCCACGCCGUCGCGCUACAGCAGUGAUCGACUCCGCUACAUCAUCAUUGAGAGAGGGUGCCCAAACAUUAAGGACAAUACCAUUGGCAUGGCAGAGAAUGGCGUAUCACUCACCUGCCGCUUUCACGUCACCGUCUUCAAGUUCAUCGGGGAUUACGAUGAAGUCCACCUGCACUGUGACGUUUCUCUGUGCGACUCAGAGACGAACGCCUGCAAAGUGAACUGUCCACAUAAGAGAAGAAUGUACUCAGAGGACAGUGACCAUAAAGAGCACAUACUGUCUGUGGGACCCAUAAGAAGGAGAGAGUCUGACUGGUGUGAGGAGAACAAUGGAGGCUGUGAGCAAAUCUGCACCAGUAAGGCCACUGGGCCCAUCUGCAGCUGUGUGACUGGGAUGCUGCAAAGAGAUGGGAAGAGCUGCCGGGCCGUGAGCUCAAGCAGUAACGUCACACCUGCGAUUCCUCUGCUGAGCGUCAGCGCUGCGAUCUCCGUGCUCCUGGCUCACCUUCACACUCUUCUCCUCUCCUAACGCUCUGUGAGCUAAGAGAAGGCAAUAAAUGACAAAGAUCAAACACACAAAAAGACUUGAAUAUGCACAAAGUAUCAUCAUUGAUUAGCCAAUAGAUCAGCCAGAAAGUCAAGACAGAAUAUACUGUACACCAACUAAUUUUUGUCUCCACAUUUCAUUGAUAAAAGGUAAGUCAGUUUUCUAGAUACAUGGACAGUCAGUCAGUUUCACUGCUUUGUUGUGUUUUUCUUCAUCCCCAUCUGCUUCUUUAUUUACAUUUAUCAGGACUCCCACUGUUUAUCACUCACCUAAAGCCACUAUGUGUAGAUGUUUUCAUGUAAUUAUAACAUAUUUUUACAAAUUUCUUUAUAGGAAAUUAACAUAUUACGCAUGCUACCACCAGAUGGUGCCAAAGAAAGUAAUUUUCCCAUCUAGAGAUACAAACUUGAAGGUACAACAGCUAAAAUCACACAGUGAUGUUUAUGGAAAGACAAUGGCUAAAUUAAAAAGAAACAGUAAUAUAACUGAUUAGUUAAAGAAAGCAUAAUUCUAAGUCAUCAGGGAAUGUGAAAUGUGAUCCCAUCUGUUUGUAUUUCUACUUGAUAUUAUUCUACAGUCACACUAAGGAAAGCAGUGGCUGGAGAUCACGACUGUGUGCAAUGAACUUGCAAAUUUUUUUUUGCCAUUGAAAUUGUUGCUUCAAAUACAGGAUCGGGUCUAUGACCACUUAGUCAGACCAUCUUUAAAAUGACCUUAGUGUAACAAAAAGAUGACGAUGACAACUAGUUGGCACUAUUGCAAAAAAAGGGUUGUAGACGAAUUGCAGACUGACUCAGAAUGAUUACAGCGGGCUAGCAAUUUGUCUGUGUUUGCAAACUUUUACCAAUCUGUCUGAGAACGAUUGCAGUCAAAGCCGGUUGCAUGGAGACGGGUUGCCUCCCACCAGGCAGUGUUUGCAAUUACCUUGCAGUAGAAAAUCAACUAUAUGUUUGCACUAAGUACUUGCAAGUAAAAAGUAAAAAAAACCAAAACACAGCAGUAAUCAGGCAACCAUCAGUUUUGGCUGUUUUUACUGUAGUGUGAGCUAUUCAUAAAUCCUCAUUCUGUCCAAACUGUGAUCAGAUCUUAAUGAGUAGGUGGGGUGCAACAACUACAAACCCUCAUGAUUGUGAUUUAAUUGAUUUACAGAGCCAUCAAAACGUAAACAUCAAACUAUUUUAUUAUUAAUUUAUGAAUAAAUGACAUUUAAACUGUAAAUUUCCCAUUUCUCAGUGGAGAGGUUUAUUAAAGUUACCUUUUAUAUUUUAAACUGAUAUUCCAAUAAAACAAAAAUGUAAAAUAGAAACUUUUAAUUUGAAUUUUUUUUUUUUAAUUAUGAACCAAGCAGUUAAUAGUUAUUGUGGUGACUUGACGUCAUUCAGUGGUCACAAGGUCACAUAUUCAUGACAUUUGGAUCGAAAUGGGAAAGAAGCUUGUUUAUAAGUACCAUAAACUAUAUAUAAAAGAUGGGCAUGGCAAAGUCCAGUCUUUGAAGCCUUGAGCUGAGGAUUCGCUGUCUUGGUGUGGUGAGACUGGGUGUGAGGACUGAAGGGUGGAGCUGACCGAAAAACCAAAUGUGCUUUAUGUUCGUGGGCUCGCUAAUCCCAUGUUGGGCCUGACCUAAAGGAUACCCUGGUCUGAAAACCAUCCAGAAACAGUAGCCCCCUCCUGACGCUUAAGCCCAAACUGCUUGGGCUUCACUUUUAUACCCAGCCUGAGUUUGACGCUACUCUGCUACUCAUGUGAUCAUGUACUUUCAUUUAGUAUUUUGAGAGUCUCCCCAAAAGUAUGAUGCUGUUUUAUGGACUGUAUGGCUCAGGUGUGACUUUUUGAUGAGAAGCUUAGGAAAGCAGGAAGAACUGAGGUUACUGUAUGUAACAUUUAAACAUGCUGUUUCUUAAAAAAAUGGCAAAACUGUACCGAUUUCAUUAAGAAACUGGCAACUGAGCAUCUGCAGAUGUGUGUCAGAGUGCAAACCUUUACCCAGAA